UGGAGAUUCAUGCUGAUGGUAGCGAGGGACAAUGGUCUUCGAGUUUGUGCGAUCAGGAAUCGCACUCGACGCAGUGGCGCGCGUCGGUUGUGAGUUCCUUAACCGGCUCAGAGCUUGGAGGCUGGAUGCCGCAGCUGGUCAGGGACCGGACGUCCGAUAGCAACGACCACAGCUCGAGGCGGCUUCCCUCAACACUCUUCCUAACAUCAAGUAGCUCGCGGGGUCAGUCAGGAGAACGGAAGAUGAUCACAAAGAACACCACUCACGGAGAAGCUCAUGUGCAGAGCGAGAGGCAUGUGCCAGAAGUGCAGGCAGAUUUUUCUUGUGCGGAGACUCGAAGUGGAGCGCGGUCUGGCCGGCAUACUGUUGGGAGAGGGAGGUCUUCGUCAUCAAAUCGCGGUAGCGGAGGAGGUGUCAAUAUAUUGCUGCCUUCAGGACCCCCUGUCGUCGAAGCGGAACACCACAACAUUGGUCGGGAUGACCAAGGAGCUGAGCAAAGCCUGUCGACCCCAGCACAAGGUGGAUUAGUUGCUUCAGUUUCUGGAGGGGCUUUGUCUUCCCGUUGGCUCGAGCGUUCGUUUUUGACUACGUCCGGGCUGUCAUCGACUGUGAAUACGCUCAGACCGUGGGACGACGCGAGUCGAGCUGUGCAAUCUUCAGAGAACGAGAGGCCUGAACGAGAGAUAUCUGGGCCGCGGGAGAAGAGCAGGGCAAGUCCACUGGUGUCUGGGGCUGCGCAGCGCUCGAAUUUGGCAUCGUGUUGUGGCCCAGCGGAAGGAGGCGGCGCAGGAGACGCCCUUCUCACGAGCGAAGGGGCACCCUGGAACCGCAUGCGCAUGUUAGGCCUCGGCGACAGCUUGAGUGGGACCAGUCACAGCUUGCUCAUCAGUUCUGCUCCGGCCGCGGCGCAGGCACAGGUUCUGGUCAACAGUGACCUGGACUUUAGCACCCGAUCCUUCUCCAACACUCUGCAGGCCUUGCUACCUACGUCGCCUUUCGGGCAGCUUAACACUCAGCUAAGCGGCUUGGUGCCGUCCUACAAUCCUACGGGAGCCGGCGACGCGGCGGCGACGGUUUCCGUAGUUCGAACCGACAAAAGCGACGAUGGGCUGCCAGAGGACAGCGCAGGUGGACGAAAGAGGCGAAGUAGCACUCGCUCACUCCGACCUGCGAGAGUGAGUGUUGCUAGCACGACGAAAAGCAGUGGUCGGCGGCAGUCACAUCGGCAUUCACUCACCAGAGGUCACUCGAGCUCGCACCUAGUCGUUCCCAUACCAACAGGUUCUUCGUAUGAGAACUCCGGUGCUGUUGCGGGUGGCGGCCUCGAUUGGAGCACUGCUGGGCCUGGAAACUUGCAGAAUUCAGGGAAAGAUUUGUUGCAUGUCCCGCCAUCCCGCAACAGUGGGCAACAACAGUCGGGAAAAACAGGCCGCAGACGGAGUUCUGGAAAUUAAGUUUGGUUCUGCUCUUAGAAAUCUUCCAACAUUUCUUACAAACCAUUUUCAUAGAAUUUUUAGAUUUGUUUUUAUCGUUCUUUCUUGAUGAAAGAGAACAGCAACAAGUAGACGUAACAUCCUCAUUGAGACUCAUUGGAUGUCUUGGAUUUGGAGUGGGUAGACAGAAAUCUAAGUCAACCAGGGUCAGACGAGUCGACUCGCGCAGGAAUUACUGUCGCUUGCGAAUCCAGGGCGUCGGCUUCUAGGAGCUCCUGCGGCAGAUAGUGGGCUGAUGAACUCUGCUCCGGGGCACGGACUGGCGACCCGUGAUCACGGGCACUCGCAUGUGUACGGACUUCAUCCGAGCCAAAACGGAAAGGCGGAAACUGUGCCGCAGGGACGUGGACACCACAGAGGACACUCGGCCGAGACCGGUUUGAACGAUAUUGUAGGAGCAACGGUCCAUCGGAAGGGCCUACAUGCCCACCGCUCUGGGCGUUCCAAGCACGACCCGGAAGCCGCAGAGGAGGAAAAUACAAAGCUACCUGUUCCUCGAAAGCGGCUGUCCGCGAGUAAUAGACCAGGAUCUUGGUAGGAUUCAGUGACGUCGAGUUAACUUUUGCACAAUUAAAUGUUGAAAAGGUCUGUGUGCCAUUCUAUACACCCACGCAAUAUUCGAUAUUGUUAAAAACACCCAUACAGAAAGACUACAUUUAUUGAUAUAAUAGGUACGUAGAGGUCCUUGAUUGAGUAAGUAACCCUCAUGUCUUCACAAUGAAAACGCGAUCAAUGUCGGAUACCAAUAUCUAUUGAAGUCAUUGGUUUUCCUCGUCAGUUUUACCAUGUCGUAAUCGCCAAAAUUGUAGCUUACCAGUGUGAAAGUUGUAGCGAGUACAUAUGCUUUGAAGUUGUCGUCUAUAUGAUACUGACCGCUCCAGAUUUAGUAACGCUUAGGUCGAUAUCAAGUUCGUUGGUCGGUUUUGAUUCAAUAGUCAAAUUUCAUGGGUGAUUUAGCAAGUACAGAUCAGACAAGAAUGGCAUGUCCUAUAUAUUGCGUGGUCGAUGUUUGCUUCGUCCUUUUUUGCGCCCUUUUGGGCUGCCCAAUGAGUAGAUGAAAGUGACUGCAUACGUAGAAGUAGAAAGUGCAAAGUUGUUGGUGUACAGGAACCUAGUACGAUUAUUAUAUUUCAUGGUUUCCAUUUCGAUUUCUCACGAUUCAUAGAUUAAGUAGAGUUGAUCUUCUCUCAUAUUUCGAGCGAGUCAAUUUUUUUGUCUUCGAAGAAGCAAGCAAUUUCAUGUCGUUUGGUAUCAGCACAAUUAUGUAGUUGUUCCAGGUUUUACUAGUAGACCAACACAAGACAAAUUCAUCAAGGCCAUAGCGCAUUUUACUGUCACAGACAUAAACAAGUACAGUCAUUUGAUCGCAGGAAUGCAUAGAGAAUAGCAAGUUAGAUGAAUCACGACUUCAUGCUCGCCUCUACAACAAUCAUCAGGAACCAACAUGCUCGUGAAUGGCAUAAAUUGGUGCGCAAAUAACAGAGACCUACGAGUUGGAGUCCUCCAAUGUCAAUCUACAACGAAAGAAGAAACUACAGCAAGCUACGUCUUACGUUACGUAAAACUAUUGGGAGUUCGGCAAGUGACCGAGCCAUUCAUCUGCAGAAUGGCUGCUACUAAAACUAAUCUCAUAAAUGAACUGGAAAUGUACAAGAGCUAAUGAAGCGUGGACAAUAAUUGAGGUAUUGGAGCUAGGCUUCAAGAUCGAAAAAAUGAAGAAAUGAAGGAAACAAUUACGAUUAUGAUUUUGAACUUGGC